UAAUAUUAAGUUUAUUCGUCACUGUUACGGGGUUACUAAGCCCCUAUGUCCUAAAUUACUACGCCAACCUACUCUCGCCUUACUAAAUGAGUAGGUAUUUCCACACCACAACCGUUACCGGGUUUUACCAUUUUGACACGAAAUAAAAUGAACAUGGGAUAUACCCUGUCGAAACACGGUGGUAUACAUAUGUAGAGUUAUGUUCUAGAAACGUGGUAGUUCUAGUUUAUCCGUGGCUAUAAUGAUGUCGUGAUCGAAUCGGCCCUUAUAAUCGUUCUGUAUGGUGUAUAAAGUGAUGGCGACGGCCGUCCCAUAUGUGUGCAUAGGAAGUAAAAUCGUAUUCAUGAUCUACUCACCUAACAGGCGAAAAUACUAAUGUAAUUUAUGCAAGCAUCAGCUUGAUUCGAAGCUAAAGAUGGGCCAAGAAGCGUCAAAACCGCAACCCGGAGCUAGGUUGCGGGUUAUCGGAGCGGGUAUGCCCCGAACCGGCACGGCAUCGUUUAGUAAGGCUCUCGAAAUACUCCUGCAAGGACCCGUCUACCACGGAGGGACGCAAAAUUGUAAAGGGUCAAGUUCCAAUCUGAAGAGCUGGAUAUCGGUCCUGGAACACACGCCAAUUCGUUCAUUCGAAGACGAAGAGUUCGUGUUGAAUGGUAUCGCUGGGCUCACGGAUGGGUAUAUGGCGAUCACGAGCGCACCUGGGUUCUGCUUCGUACCAGAGCUGAUGCGAUUAUACCCUGACGCAAAAGUCAUAUGUACGGUUCGUGACGCCGAGGCGUGGGACAAGUCCAUCGAUGCUAUCGCCACGGCUAGUUUGCAGUGGUACCUGCGAUUUGUGCUCUUCCCUUUAUUGCCAAUGAGGUACUUCCCACGGUACCUUGAUGCCCUUGCUGCUGGGAGAUGGCUUGAACUGUAUGAUACAUCUGGGAAGCCGGAAAAACACGUGGGCAUGCGCGUCUGGCAACGACAUAUUCAACAUUUGCGCGAUGUUGUGCCUCCCGAUAAGCUUGUGUUUUUCAAUGUUAAGGACGGAUGGGGUCCCCUAUGUGAAGCGUUAGGUUGUGAUAUACCAAAGGGUAUCGAAUUUCCAAGAGUCAACGAGCGAGCCGCCAUGGAGGCUUUCGCGAAGGAGCAGGUGAAACGAGGCUUCCUAAGAUGGGCUUUAAUAUUUGGCAUCUUUGCAUUGGUGAUUGCGUUUUGGCGAUUCUGGCUUAUAUAGCGACCUCGCAAUUUAAUAAUGUCGCUGGAAGAAAAUACCUGGGUUUUUGAGACAUUAUCUUCAAAGUUCAUUUGUGUGUAUGUUCAUUGGACGCCUUCAUGGCCUACUA